AUGGGAUUUCUGACAACUCGGCCAGGUCCCCAAUGGCCCCACAAUAUCCAGACAGAUGAACAACUACGCUUGAACCUGUCUGGCCUGCUGGGUGGUCAGAUUUUAGGGCCAGUGGAAACCACUGACACUACGGUCAUUUGGCUGUCGCAUCGGUGUGAUGCGACAGCCGUCGUUUUACCCGAGAAACAUGAGCUUACUGGGUUGCAAGAAUCCUUGCCCGGCUGGAUUAAGUGGACACCGGGAGGAUUCUUCCUCAGCAAGCUGCCGGCAGUCGACUGCUGUUUCACCUGUGGCGCCGGUAUCAACUGCCCAACCACAUUGACGAACAAUCGCCGACUGGCCUGUCCAACUACGAACUACGACUUGCUGCUCAAACACCUUGGCGAACAUUCACCUGUCUGA